GGAUCCACAUUGAUGAGCGCACGCAAAGCGCACCUGUUGCGUAAUGCACUGGCAAUAUCCAUGUUCCAAUCUUUACUGUUUUACAUUGCUGCUCUGCAUCCGCUGCGUUUCGCAAGGGGACGGUGAGCUUUCUGGGCCUGUUGUUUCGCAAGUCGCGGCAAGCCGGCAAAGUGCACCAGCGCAUUUGCAUAGGCGAUCCUACUACAGAAGGAAAAUGCCACGCGCUGCCAAGGAGAAGCCGGAGAAGAAAGAGAAGAAGGUCAAGGACCCCAAUGCCCCUAAGAAGCCCAUGGGCGCCUACAUGUGGUUCUGCAAGGAGAUGCGGGAGCAGGUGAAGGCCGACAACCCGGAGUUCAGCGUCACCGACAUCGGCCGGCGGUUGGGGGAGCUAUGGAAGGAGUGCGAGGACGACGACAAGAAGAAGUUCCAGGACUUGGCGGACAAGGACAAGGAGCGGUACAACAAGGAGAACGCCGCGUACCAGAAGAAGGAGAAGGAGGCAAAGUCGGAAUAAAGCCUGAGGAGCCAGCGGAGCAGAGCGUAUGGUGUGGAGCUGCUUAACUCGAUGCGUGCAGCAGCGUGGCGGCUUGACCAGCCGCCAGCAGCGGGUGUUUGGCGCUGAUAGGAAGAGCGAUUGGAGAUCUGUUGGAGUUGGAGCGGCUGUGCGAAUCGGGUACGCACAGGGAUGCAUGCGGUACAAGAGACCGACCGCGCGUUGUUAGAACUUGGGCACACGCGGUACCAUUGUGCGUGUGACACUUCAGGAUGGUGCGUAUCCGCGUUUUGAGGCCUGCUGACUGGGGCACGAUGGGGCACGCACACGCCGCCGGCAGACGAAGUCUGACCGCCUAACCGUUGAUGCAUUUUCACAAUUGACUUGUGCGGAUUUGCGUUGCAUCAGGGGUGCGCUAGGUGUCGCCGCCUGUGUUGCCGCUUGAGUAGAUAGGGGCUUACGGUCUUGCUUACGGUUGACUGGACAAAGAUUGAGCUCAAUGCAUGCAUCGAGUUUGCCAUGACUCACGAGUUGACACUGAAGUUGUUGUGAUGAUAGGCAACUGGUACCUUACUCCGAGUACCUUACCCCGUGUAACAACAUGGGGAU